AUUUGAAGCAAUCUCAGGAUGGCAUCAACUCUGCCACUUCCAGUACUUCUGGCGUUCGCGUCGGUAGCAGAGUCUGCGACAUUAGUCACUAUGUUCCCACGAUUUCUGCCAGAGACAUCUAUCUACUAUCUCUUUUCCCGUCUGCUAGGCCUGCAGCUUCUUUGUCUCGCAAUCUACAAGCUCUUCAUAUAUCCAUUCUACGUUUCGCCCUUGCGACAUGUUCCUGGGCCUAAAGGUGGCCUUCCACUGCUCGGUCAUGCAAUGGCUGAAUUCGAACAUCCAGCCGGAGCGACUUUUCUUGAUUGGAUGAAACAAAUUCCUAACGAUGGGCUCAUUCGUUAUCGCGGGCCGUUACACGAGAACACGCUGUUCGUGGCCGGUCCAAAUGCCCUGCAGGAGGUCUUGGUCACUAGAGCGUACGAGUUCGAGAAACCACCAAAGAUUCGAGAUGCGCUACGACCAAGUCUCGGAAACGGACUUCUAUUUCUCGAAGAAGACAGCCACAAGUUCGUCAGGAAAAAUUUGAUGCCACUGUUUGGAUUCCGCCAGAUCAAAGCUUUGUAUUCAUUGUUCUGGGAGAAGUCGACGAAGCUGACGCAAGCUUUGAGUCAGCAUGUUGCUGAGAGUGCGGAGCUUGACGGCAAGACCUCAGUUGUGGACAUUAGCCAGUGGAGCACCAAGGUCACACUGGAUAUCAUCGGCCUUGCCGCCAUGGGUCGGGACUUUCGCACGCUAGAAAACCACGACGAUCCACUAGUUCGAGCGUAUGAGGAGCUCCUUGAGCCUACCCUGGAAAGAAAAUUGCUCUUUGCGGCUCAGGUCUUUGGUCCGGGAGAUCUGGUCAGAAGCCUUCCAAUCCCAGCAGCGGUACGAAACAAAUCGAUUCGCAAAAAUCUUCGCGACACUUGUUAUCAGCUUGUUUAUGACAAGAGGCAAGUUAUAGUGACCGAGCCGGAAGAUCAAAAGGACAUCCUAGCGUUGUGCAUUCGAUCGAACAACUUCUCGGAUGAGCAAAUAGUCGAUCAGCUCUUGACAUUCUUGGCUGCUGGCCAUGAGACUACUGCGACCGUUCUCAGCUGGACAUCGUAUUUGCUCGCACGGCAUCCUGAUGUGCAGACGGCACUUCGACAGGAAAUACGUGCCUUGAUUGCCUCUUCAACUCAGACUAUGAGCGACUCAGAGCUUUCCACUGCUCUCGAGGCGGCUCCACUCUUGAACGGCGUUUGUAACGAGUCUCUGCGACUAUAUCCCACGAUCCCUCUCAUGUCACGAUCGAAUCCGAAACCCAUGACUCUUCUUGGCCAUGAGAUUCCAGCUGGCACGCGUUUCACGAUCUGUCCGGCUGCUGUGAAUAGGAGUCCGGAAUUUUGGGGCAACAAUGCUGAACAAUUUGUACCUGAACGUUGGAUCGACACGACCGAGAAUGGUAUAAAGCGACCAAAUUACUCUGGUGGAGCGUCGAGCAACUAUGCCUUUUUGACGUUCAAUCAUGGUCCCAGAUCUUGUAUCGGCCAGGGCUUUGCUCGAGCUGAGCUGAGAUGUCUCUUGGCGGCACUGGUUGGAAGCUUCGAGAUGAUGAUGGUGCAUCCUGGUGAGGAGGUAGAGCAGGAAGAAAUUGUCUCGCUCAAGCCGAAAGGUGGUGUGCAUUUACGGUUGAAGGCUUUGAGAGACUGGUGA